UUUUUUCUUUCUUUCUUCAGGUCUUUGUUUCUUCCUUCUUCUGCCGUUAGUUUCUGUGAGACAGGAGUAAUCUUCACUCUGUGGAUGAGGGAAAUGAAUAGAGAAAUAAAGUGAAUAUAUUCCACCUGAACAGAGAGAAUCUACAGGAAUCUAUUUUUAUGUCUAUAGGUUCAGACCAAUUCUGACACUUUCAGCUUUCUCCUUUUUCACUUCUCUUUGUUUGAUGUUUAAAAAAAUCAAUGAAAAACCAGAGACGGAAAGAGAGAUAUGUGGCUUUAUUUUCACUGCACUAUUUAUUGAUCUUUUAUUUUUCCAUGUUGAUUUUCUCUAAACUAUUUCCUGAGUAUCACGUUAAUAACCAACACUGAUGUGCUGAAAAACCACAUAAUUAGAUAAAGGGCUGCUGGGAGAACAGAGAGAGAGAGAGAGAGAGAGAGAGAAUCAGAAAGAGCUUCAUUCCAUCCACAGUAUUCAGAGUCGUACCUUCUCUGGUGGAUACGACGACAGUUCACCCAACAUGGGCUUCUUGGAGUUCUUUAAAGACUUUUUCCUGGGUUUCUGGGACUAUGAGACCCCAAAGAUUAUGGUAGUGAAGAACAGGAGACUGGGAGUCAUUUACAGAUCUGUACAGCUUCUGGUCAUCACUUAUUUCAUUUGGUAUGUGUUUAUCAGUCAGAAGGCAUAUCAGGAAACAGAGGAACGUCCAGAGAGUUCCGUCUACACUGAGAUGAGAGGAGUGGCAAUACUGGGAGACAGCGUACGGGACACGACCGAGUACGCCAAGCCGUCUGAGGGUGGUGAUGUCAUUAGUACGAUACUGAGGCGGGAGGUGACACACAAUCAAAGACAGGGCACGUGUGCUGAGCAUUUCAGCAUCCCAAAUGCAAACUGCACCUCAGAUGCUGACUGCGUCCCGGGCGAGCUGGACUUCGACAGCCACGGUCAGAGAACAGGACACUGUGUGCCUUACUACAAUUACACCUUUAAAACCUGCGAGAUCAAAACCUGGUGCCCCAUCGAGGAGGCUGCUGCAGAGAUAGAGCCACCGCUGGAAGAAGCCAUCAACUUCACAGUCUUCAUAAAGAACGCCAUCCAUUUCCCAAAGUUCAAAGUGCUCAGGGUGAACAUCAAACCAAGGAAGCCGAAGAAGCUCCUGCGGUGUCAUUACCACCCUGAGACCAACCCGUACUGCCCUGUGUUCAGACUCGGCUACAUCGCUGAUCAGGCCCGAGAAAAGUUCAGCGAACUCUGCAAAACUGGUGGAGUGAUUGGAGCGUUUAUUAACUGGAACUGCGACUUUGACGUCGAUCCAUCAGAAUGCGUUCCUACUUACUCAUUUCGGAGGUUGGACCUCAGGAAAACCCUGACCAGCUCGGGUUACCACUACAGGUUUGCCAAGUACUACUACAAGGACGGAGUGGAGUACAGAUCACUUAUAAAAGCGUUUGGGAUUCGUUUGGAUGUCAUCGUACAUGGACAUGCAGGAAAAUUUAGCCUCAUCCCAACCAUCAUCAAUGCGGUCACAGCCAUGACCUCAGUGGGAAUAUGCUCUAUCAUCUGUGAUUGGAUCAUGUUGACGUUUAUCGAUAAGCACGAGGUCUACAGUGGAAAGAAGUUUGACGAUGUUACUAAGAACCCCAGCCCACCAGUCGUCACAGAGAUCACUCUCACCAGCUAUGGCUCCACCCACUCUGACCUCUCAGACGGGGUGCCAUUGUGAAACACCUCCCCCUGUUACCCUGGACUGCCGAUGCCAUGCAAAAAAAUCCUGAGUGUGAUGAGAUGAGUGAUCAGGAACUUUUUUUUUAAUGUAAAGGACUUGUAAGAAGGGAAUAAAGCAAAGGUGAUGGGCCACAGUCUGGAGACGCCUUCAUGCUGAAACGCAAAGAGACUCUGAGAAAGCUUCUGCUUCCACCUACAGCAUUCAAAACCUACAUAUGAGCUAAUGUGAACUAAAAUAAACUCACAUGCUGACUAAUAAUAUGGCUGUUAUGUGGAUGACUCAACAGUCCUCAUGUUAAUCUGACAUACAUAAACUGAUGUAGAAUAUUAGGCAUAUAUUGUAAAUAAAAGCCAAAUUUAAGGUUGUUGGAAAAAAAAGAAAUAAAGGUUAAAAAAAUC